AUCGAUUCUAUUUGUUCUGGCGUUAAUCGACUGCAAUGAUGCAUAAAAAAGAUGCUCAGAGGGAAGGUGGAGUCAGUCAUCGAGUCGAGUCUGUUUUGUAAGAGCACAUCAGGUCUGCUUCAGUUUUUGGGAAAUUGAGCCAAAGAAACAUGCAGACGAAAAGCUUCGCGUUGGUCUUGGUUGUUUUCAUUGGAAUAACCUUGGCGCAAAAUUCCAAACCUUCCGGACAGAUAUCACAGUUUGGACGAAGCAACGCGGGAGAAUCCCAGCAGAAAAACUGCCCUUCCGCCGAGGAAGUUAAAUUCUGUCGUGACGUGGUUCAAAAGAUCAAGUCGGGCAUCUGCGAACCUCAAAACGACAACCUCGUCAAAUCGGGAUCGCGACAAAAAUCCACGGGGUCUUCCUCAUCAUCCGAGAAUAAGUGGGAGGGUAACAAUGCUGGAGCAACUGCUGCACCCAACAACAACACUGAGCUUCAAGAUGACCUCAGCUUUGGAGAAGAUACCGAAGAUUCCUUAUUCGAUGGAUCGUUGAAUGAUGUGCUUUUCGAUGCUGUGAAUAGCCAAGAUGGAAAGAGGAGGGAGAGCUGGAAUUCGACUAGUUCUGCGUCAUCAGGCAAUGGUAUUGGAAGACCAAAGCCCCAGAGGCGACCGAAUUUUUCGUUGUUGCCAAAUGGAACCUGGGUGAAAGUGUCCAAGACUGAGGCGGAACCCGUCAAAAUCAGGCCAUACUAUUGAACCUCUGUUCCAAACCUUUAGAAAGUAUUUCUCAACUUUUGGCCAGAAUGCAAAAUAAAAACAUCCAUUUCGACCAAAAAUUG